GAGACUCCUGGUAUUUGUAAAGGGCUUUGUCAUAAUACUAUUGGAAGCCACAAUUGCACCGCAUGUCCUAGAAAAACGGAAUAUGAUUUCCUAGCAAUGAAGUGCACUUCAACAAAGAGGCAGAGUCUUUUACUUGGUAUUGUCAUUGGGCUAAGCGUUGGUUUUGGCAUUCUACUUCUCAUCAUACUUGCAAUAUUUAUUAUCCGAAGGUGGAAAUUAGAUAUCGAACAGCAAUUGCGAAGAAAGUAUUUCAAAAAGAACCAGGGUCUUCUUCUAGAACAAUUGAUUUCUUCCGAUGAAAAUGCGAGUGACAAAACAAAGAUUUUCUCCUUGUCAGAGCUACAAAAGGCAACAAAUAACUUUGACCACACACGUAUCGUUGGUCGUGGAGGGCAUGGCAUGGUAUACAAAGGCAUCCUAUCGGACCAACGAGUAGUGGCCAUUAAAAAGUCUAAAGUCACUGCACAAAUUGAGAUUAGUCAGUUCAUCAACGAGGUUGCUAUCCUCUCACAGAUAAACCACCGAAAUAUUGUGAAGCUCUUUGGAUGUUGCCUUGAGAGUGAGGUUCCACUACUUGUGUAUGACUUCAUACCUAAUGGUUCAUUAUUUGGUGUUCUUCAUAAUCCAAACAACAACUCUUCCUUGUCGUGGGAUGAUUGCUUAAGAAUUGCUAUAGAAGCAGCUGGAGCCCUUUCUUACCUUCAUUCAGCUGCUUCUGUAUCAAUCUUUCAUCGUGAUGUGAAGUCGACAAAUAUACUCCUGGAUGGGAAUUAUACAGCAAAGGUGUCAGACUUUGGUGCUUCGAGGUUGGUUCCUAUUGACCAGACCCAU